AUGAAUCGACAUAGGGAACAGUGUUCAAAACUGUUGAGUUGUGUUCGACGAACGUUCAUAUCACCUGAAGACCUGGACGCCUUGAACUCUUAUGUGGAAAAGUUUGGAACUUAUCAGAUAAAAAUGGCUUGGAAAGAUUACCUACUCGAUACCCAUUUGUCUGUAUGUUGGGAUACAAAGCAUAUUAUGGAGAAGUCGCCCCGAUGUGGCAUGGGCAGAUAUCAGCCAAAAACUUCUAAGACGAAACGAAACCAUCAAGGAAAAUCAAUCAGCUGGUCAGUUCCCUUGGAGACACGAACGUCACUGGAUGAUCAUCCUAAUAGGGGUGUCGCUAAGGCAGCUCGUCGUCAUACUCGGAAAUCGUUCUUGGCUCGUGAGCCGAAAGCCACAAAUCUCGUGAAAAUUGCCUUCAAUAGAGGAUUAUCCAAGAUUCGUCAGAAAUUCUCCGCAAACUCUCAAAACUAA